CUCUGCUCGGUUCAUUUGUCAGAUACAGAAGACAGACACCGGUGCUAGAACUCCCUUAAAAUCUAACAAGAUGCCAUCAGCAAUCACAUCUGUUAAUGACAUCUACUCAAAUCUCAACACCCACCAAGCCAUCUCGUCCCGACUUCCCGGCACCCAUCAUCAACAAUGACACCUCUCCCCGACCUAGCAGUGCCAAAGGGCUCCCUCGUCCUCGUCACAGGAGCCAAUGGCCUCUUGGGCUCCCACAUCGCCGACCAGUUUCUCGAGCACGGCUACAGGGUACGCGGCACAGUCCGGGACACCGAAAAGAACGCCUGGCUCCAGGCGCUGUUCGACCAGAAGCACGGCGGGGGCAACUUCGAGCUGUACAAGGUCGCCGACCUCCAGGCCGACGGCGCGUUCGACGAGGCCGUGAAAGGCACCUCCAUCGUGGUCCACUCCGCCAGCAUCAUGAGCUUCUCACCCGACCCGGACGCCGUGAUCCCCCCCGCGGUUAGCUUCGCGCUAAACGCGCUCAGGUCGGCGUACAAGGAGGCCUCCGUGCGGCGGUUCGUGCUGACCUCCUCCUCGUCGGCGGCCGUCGCGCCCGGCGGCGGGCCGGGCCCCGACUUCACGGUGGCCGAGGACAGCUGGAACGAGGCCGCGCUCGCGGCCGCGUGGGCUGAGCCCCCUUAUACGGAGGACCGCAGCGGCGUUGUCUAUGCGGCUAGCAAGGCGGCGUCUGAGCAGGCGGUGUGGAAGUACCACGAGGAGAACCGCGGGGGCCGACCUGAUUUGGUUGUCAACACGGUCCUCCCCGACCUCAACUUCGGCAGGUCGCUCGACCCGGUCCACCAGGGCCACCCAAGCAGCGCCGGCCUCCCCGUCGCGCUCUGGCACGGCAAGGUGCUGCCGUUCCACCACCAAGUACCCCCACAGUACUUCAUCGACGUCGGCGACACGGGCAGGCUGCACGUCGCAGCAGGGAUCCUCGCCCACGUCAAGGACGAGCGCAUCUUCGGCUUCGCGGGGCGGUUCAGCAUGGACGACGUCCUGGGGAUCCUGCGCAGGGCCGCGGCGCCCGGCGGCACGAGGAAGAUCCCGGACAACUUCUCCGCGGGGUCGGACCCGAGCGAGAUCGCCCCCCGCGGCAGGGCCGAGCAGCUGCUGCGGGACCUCGGGCGGCCCGGGUGGGUCGGGCUGGAGGAGUCUGUCCUUGCCAACAUUGAGGAUGUGAGGGGCAGCUGAGAGCGCGUCUCUAACUAUGGUCUCAGAAGGAGGGCGAUUCACU